AUCGGCUGGCCUGCACGCUCUGGGGAGAAAAAUGAAAAACCUCGUCGUUCAAGUGCACGUCAAGGGCGUGGGACUCCACAGGCAGCCGUGGUUGAGGGAGCUGAAGUCAUGAUCCCUGGUUUGUCGGCAGAUCAAGUAGCUCAACUCAAGGCCUUUCUCAAUUCCGAUCCCAAACCAACUGAAGUAAAGUCCGCACCUGCACAACCAAAAGCGAACAUGUCAGGACUUACACUCCAGGAGAAUGAUUGGGAUGGGUAAG